AUGGGAUACGAAUACCAACCUAGCUGUGAACCCAAUUUCAUCCAAUACUUGAAGCUUGCAUUUUCAUUCAUUCAGUUCAAUUAUCAACAUAGAUCUUACAUAGAAUUCAAUUCAUUAUUGAAUAGCUAUCUUUUGAAAUUACUCAACUAUGAUUUUGAUGGUGGAAAAUUGGUACAUAAAAAGCAAAUACACGUUGAGGUGCUUCCGAUUUACAUACUUGGUGAACCAACUGGAGAAAUAGCAGGGUUGCAGGCACCACCACCACCGCCGCCGCCACCGCCGCCACACUUGCCUUUCUCUGAGCCAAGGGCGGAUGCCAAUAUUAACGUUAUGAGUGAUUCAGAAAGUGUGGACCCAGAAGUCAAAGAAUUAAUCAAAGGACGAGAAAGCUUGACAUUUGGACCAGAUGCUUAUUGUGGUGAAAUUAUUGAAGAGUCAGAGCAACGAGAGCAACAACAACAGCAACAACAAGGACAACAACAGCAGCAGCAGACAACUGGAAGUACGACAAGUGAAGAUUCGAAUUUGGCAUCGUCUUCAAUUGCCCUGUCUAUGAGCUUGAAUACUGGUGGAUACAAUCCAACAAGGUUAAUGGAUCAGUACGGUAAUUUAUUCACAUUGCACGCGAAUGGAUUUGUUACUCCCUAUAAACAAGUAGUAGGUCAUAUUGGUGGGAUUGGCUACACCAACAAUUAUCAUCACCAACAGCUACAGCAGCAGCAGCAACAGCAGCAGCAAUUCCCGAUCCCAUAUUCUUUUCCAAUGAUGAUGCCUUAUACGAGAAACUUCAACUAUGCGGCAUCUUCUUCAACAACAUCCUCAUCGAGCCCAUAUCGAAAACAAUUUAAGAAAUUCAAAAAUUUAUCCUCACAACUGACCAAAACAUCAUCGAGAUUGAAUAUGUUUCAAAACCAAAUAUUGAAAAUGGCCCAGUUUAGUGGAGAUUUGGACUUGGGGACACUGAAUAGAUUUGGUGAUGUUGAUUCAACACUGAUUAUUAUUAAUCUGUCGAGUGCCAAUACAAGUUCAAGAUCAAGCUACAGGAACAGUUUGAGGUCAUGUAUGAGAAAUGGUAGUUCUCGAAGUACCAAAUCGCCUCCUCUGUCGAAAGAUGAUGAAGUCAAAGAAAACGAAAACGAAGAAUGGGUGGAUGCAAAAGAUGACAAUAUUGAACCACCAAAGAUACAGGAUAUGAUAACAGAAGUCUCUGUAGAUAAGAAUGAGAAAGAGCAGCAGCAGCAACAACAACAGCAACAACAACAACAACAACAACAACAACAACAACAACAACAACAACAACAACAACAAUAA